GGAGCAAUUACAGUCAUUUCUAAAGUCUCUUUUGUUGUUCCCCAGAGUCAUUCACCACUGAAAAAGACUCCUCUGCUGGGGUGGAGCAGAGCAGCAUAUGGUACUUCACUGCCAGGGGAACACCCAGAGAACUUUCUAUAACGUACAAUCUCUACAAAGCAGGCAAAUACCCAACUCCUUGUCUCGUGCAAACUCGAUAUGAAAAUAAUGUAGCUAAUUUUUUCCUACUGAGGUUUCAAGCUAGCACAUCAAUCUUGAUGUUACUCCUUAUGCCAGUCUCCUGCAGAAAUGUAGGGUGCCAAGGAUAUGGGGUAAUGCCUAUGUUUGCUUGAUUAUGCAAUUACUGUAGGCUUAAUGGUAUGCUUUGCUGAUGGAGAGCUUUCUGCCUGCAGGUGAUUUCCUGGAGUCUGAUCAUCGUUCAUAAGCAGGGAGAGACCUGUAGAUGUGUACACGUUAAAAACAGAGUUUUAAAUCUAUUCUCUAUAAUAAGAGUUACAGCUAGUGGGAUGAGAGGGAAGAUCCCUUUCUGCUUAUUGACGUUGUCCUUGGCGCAUCUCACUGCUAAUUGUGAUGCUUGGUUUGCUUUAGUAGAGAACAGAUUUCAAGGUGCUACAGCUCAUCUGUAGCCGGAGCGCGUGGCUAUGACCUGCAACUCAACCUAGUUUGGUUUGAACCAGUAUGACAGAGGUUCUUAAUUACUUGGUUUUGCAUGGAAUUCAGUAGUGUUGGGUUUCUUGAUUGUUGCUUUCGUUUGGGGGUUUUUUGAAAGACAGAGGUUAUAAGACUACUGCAGAAAAAUGUCUUUAUUUGCCUUGUUUGAUAAUCUUGCUGCAAUGGUCAGGUUAUGUGACCAGGAGUGGAAAGGGUCUUUGUGUAGCAUAGGAACAGCUUGUUUCCCUGUGGGACACCGGUCCUUCACUUUGACUGAUAUUCCUAUUGUAGCUCUGCUCCAAGCACUCAUCUGCAAUCUCUGCUCGGAAGGAUCGGUUCUCCUCCUUUGGCCACUAUUUCCUGCAGUUAAGGCUCUCUAGCUGGUGUUUUUUGCCUGUGGGGAGCCACAAAGUCGUAUGACUUGUGGAAGGAGCCGAGAUAACAACAAGCACCCAUCUGUUCUUCUUUUCCAUCCCUUCGGGAUGUCCGGGUGUCCCCUGGUUAGAAUUCUUCUCCGGAUAAGAUAGUGGAGGUGUCACUGUGGGGCAGUCAGGCCAGAAAACAAUAGCGGGUUGAGUCCAAAAAAACAAGAUUGAUCAGUGAGUACAUCUCUCUUGUCAAUAAGGGGCAGAGCUGCUCUGCAGAGGUCAAGGCUGGAGCUGUACCCCACAUCCCUUCAGCUUCUUCCUCUGAUAGACUUCCAGGAGAGCUAUCAUAGUUGCUCUUCAGAAAGCUUGAGGUCAGAAGCUCCACUGAGAGGAAAGCUGCAAGAGCCACAGCGUGCGUAAGAGCUUUCAAGCCUCUGCUACUUGAGUGGUAACUGUUCCUUGGCCAAGUGGGAUGUUCCAGUACUUGUUUUUCUGUAUCUGCUUUGUCAUCCAGUUGCAGCCAGUGUCUUCGAUGGCCCUGGACCCCUGCUCUGCCUACAUCAGCCUGAACGAGCCCUGGAGGAACACAGAUCAUCAGAUAAACGGUUCCCACGGCCAGCCAACAUGCGACAGUCAAAUCGAUGGGGAGUGGUAUCGCUUCACUGGCAUGGCUGGCGAUGCUAUGCCUACCUUCUGCAUCCCGGAGAACCACUGUGGCACCCACGCUCCCAUCUGGCUGAACGGCAGCCACCCGCGAGAGUCGGAUGGCAUCGUCCCACGCCAAGCCUGUGCCAGCUUCAACGGGAACUGCUGCCUUUGGAAUACCACGAUUGAUGUCAAGGCGUGUCCGGGCGGGUACUAUGUGUAUCACUUAACCAAGCCCAGCGUUUGUUUCCAUGCGUACUGUGGGCAUUUUUAUGACAUCUGCGAUGUUGUGGAUUGCCAGGGCUCCUGCCUGGACACCAGUGACUGCACGUGUUCCCUGGGGACAACACUAGGACCUGAUGGACAGACGUGUCUCGAUGAAAAUGAAUGCGAACAGAACAACGGAGGCUGCAGCGAAUUUUGUGUUAACCUGAAGAACUCUUACCGCUGUGAGUGUGGGAUCGGGCGGACGCUGGGAACUGAUGGGAAAACUUGUGAAGAAAUUGAAGGCUGUCACAAUAACAAUGGAGGCUGCAGCCAUACCUGUAUUGAAGUGGAAGACACAUAUCAAUGUGAAUGUCCGAGAGGACUUGUUCUCUCAGAAGACAACCACACGUGCCAAGUUCCAGUGCUGUGCAAGUCCAGCUCUAUUGAGGUGAGCAUCCCAAAGGACCUGGUUGGAGGCUUGGACCUUUCCCUCAUCAACACUUCCUGCAAAGGAGUAUCCAAUGGCACUCACGUCAACAUCCAUUUCUCCUUGAAGUCCUGCGGCACUGUUGUAGACGUAAUAAAUGAUAAAAUCAUUGCCACCAAUCUGGUGACCGGCUUGCCAAAACAGACUCCAGGAAGCAAUGGGGACAUCAUUGUCCGCACCAGCAAGCUGCUGAUCCCGGUGACCUGUGAGUUCCCACGCCGGUACACCAUCUCCGAAGGUUAUGUGCCCAACCUCAAGAACUCUCCCUUGGAAAUCAUGAGCCGCAACCAGGGCAUCUUUCCCUUCACUCUUGAGAUCUUCAAAGACAAAGACUUUGAUGAACCCUACAGGGGUGCUCUUCCCACCCUCAAGCUUCGGGACUCUCUGUACUUUGGGAUUGAACCCUUGGUACAUGUCAAUGGACUGGAGACACUGGUAGAGAGCUGUUUUGCCACUCCCACCUCAAAAAUCGAUGAGAUCCUGAAGUACUACUUGAUUCAAGAUGGCUGCGUUUCUGAUGAUUCAGUGAAACAGUACACGUCAAAGGACCACCUUGCCAAGCAUUUCCAGGUUCCCGUCUUCAAGUUUGUGGGCAAAGACAACAAGGAGGUGUUCUUGCAUUGCCGCAUCCUUGUGUGCGGGGCGCUGGAUGAGAGCUCUCGCUGCGCCCAGGGCUGCCGGAGACGGGUGCGUAGGUCAGCUGCGACGGAGGAGGAGGAAUCUGGGCAUGUGGCAAACCACAUCCUGACAGGUGGCCCCAUCAGAAUCGACUUUGAUGACUAACACCCACGCACUGGAACAGCCUCUCUGCCUGAGACCAACCUUCCUUAUCAACGUCUUCUUCCAUGAUUGUUUGAGAAACAAGAGGUAUUUGGUAAAGCCCCACUUGAACCUCAGGACUCAUUUCCCUAACCGCGUGAUGAUUAUUUGUGAAGUAUGCUGGGCAUGUGAGGCAGCCCCCUGGACUGCAGAACAGUUUGGUUUUUACCUGUGUUUCUUCCCAACAGCCCUUCGGUUGAAGGGACCCUAAUGCUUUGCGGGACUGAAGCGUUAUUCAACUUUGUCUUUCCCUACAUCCGCCUGCAGGCUCCACAGGACUGUUUGUCCUUGACUAAACAAAUGUUACUCAAGCCCUUCUUUCAUCAGACAAUACAAAUAGUAUCGUAGCUGAAUGUGUUUGCUGUGCAGUUCUGUGAAUGAUGCUGAAGCUUUCGGGUGUGCUGAGAUUAUGUAUGACCAUUAAUAAAACCACGUAUAAAUAUAUAUAUCUCUCUCAUAAUGUUUAAGUUCCUUGGAGCUAUAAAACAGUUGUCAUUACAGGCAGCUAAAGCUCAGAUCUAUCACAGGCACAUUUAGAUGUUAAUUUUAAAUAGUAAAAUAUUUAAUAAAACUUGAUUUUUUAGUGUCUUUUGAUAAUUGCAUGCAGUUUAACAGUGUUUCCUCUUAUAUUUAGUGUAUCAUUAACUUUCUCCCUCUUCUCCCCCCAUCAAAAAUGUGGAGCCUUUCCUAAGUGCUAUAGCACCUUGACUGUAAGAAAACCGCCAUUAAACAUCUAUAAACAUCCCCCCCA